AGGGUAAGCCUGGCUGCGGAAUGUUGCUGGCUGUACAGUAAAGGCUUGUGCUCCGACACCGUCUCUGACCCAUGGACUCAGGGAGAGGUAGGGAGCGGCUCUGGAGAGCAGCCGCACGGAGAGCUCCCUGUGCGGACUGAGAAGCCGGGAGCGCUCCGGGGAGGAGAGGCAGCAAGCGGCCAGCCCAGCCCAGCCCAAGGCACAGGGCAGGUAAUUCUGGAUUGAGUAAUGGCUGCGAUCUGGGCCACUUGGUUCUUCCUGACUGUGGCUGUCAGUAACACUGUCUACUCCUCAGAUGGGCCAAAAAUCACAGAAUGUCACUCAGCUGAUCAGGAGACGUUCACAUGUAGCUGGAGUGUGGGAAACUACCAGAACUUGACAGAACAUCAUCAACUAAAAUUCUUUUAUACAAAAGGAGAAAGCCGUGACUGGAGAGAAUGCCCAACAUACGUCAACAGAGAAACCAGUUGCUAUUUCAAUCAAUCGUACACUUCAGAGAUGGAGUACUGUGUGCAUCUGAAAUCUGACAAUAUCACACACGAACAGCGGUGUUUUACAUUCAAUGAUAUUGUGAAACCAGAUGCUCCAAUUUCAUUGAGCUGGGCGCUCUUGAACAUCAGCCAGUCGGGAUUAUUCAUGGAUAUUCAAUUAUGGUGGGAAGACGUGGUGAAUUCAGAGCCCAGUGCAGGGUGGACUCCUCGCCGGUACGAAAUUCAGUAUAAACGCCGAGACGCAGAGCUCUGGCAAUCGAUUGAAACCUUGCCACACCAGCAUCCACCUCAGCCACUCUACAACUUUGCAACAGGGAAAGAGUAUGUGGUCCGAAUCCGAAGCACAUAUCCCAACAUUGGCAAUUUCAGCGAAUUUAGCAACAUUUUAAAAGUGUUCCUUCCAGUGUCACAAUCAGUAGAAGUCCCUUUGGAAAGGCCAAGGAUAACAGAAUGUCGCUCACCAGAACAGGAGACCUUCACGUGCAGGUGGAGUGUUGGAAACUAUCAGAAUCUGACAGAGCGAAGGCGACUGAGAUUCUUUUAUACAAAGGGGAAUAAUGCUGACUGGAAAGAAUGUCCCAAAUACAUGCACAAUGGAAGCAUCUGCUACUUCAACCAAACCUACACCUCAAUCUGGAUUUCGUAUUGUGUACAGCUCAAAUCAGAGAUUCAGGAUCAGAACAUCACUUUCGAUAAACGCUGCUUCUCCAUUGAUAACAUUGUGAAACCUGAUCCUCCGAUUGCACUGAACUGGACUCUGCUGAAUAUCAGUCAGUCAGGACUGCUCGCUGACAUCCAGGUUUUGUGGGAAGCGCCACCUACUGCUGAUAUUAGGAAUGGAUGGAUAUCUCUCAAGUAUGAGAUACAAUAUAAAGCCAGCGAGAGUAACCAUUGGGACUCGAUUGAGGCCUUUUCAACCUCUCAUCCAGUUUAUGCACUCAGUACUGGCAAGGGUUAUGAGAUCAGACUCCGAUGUAAACAGAUUGCCAAUGGAGAUUUUAGUGAGUUCAGUGACUUGGUGUAUGUCUUCAUUCCUGCACCCCGAUUGGCAGAAGAGUCAGGAAUCUUGUUCAGGCUAAUCCUGGUCUUUGUUUUCCUGGGCACAGCCUUGAUGAUGCUAUUAAUCCUAUUUACUAAGAGCCAACGACUGAAGCUGUUUUUCCUGCCUCCUGUUCCUGUACCCAAAAUCAAUGGAAUUGAUCCUGAUCUUCUUAAGAAGGGUAAAAUAGAUGAAGUCAACUCAAUUUUUGCAAAUCACCUGAGCUAUAAGCCUGAUCUAUAUAUUGAUGACCCUUGGGUAGAAUUCAUUGAUAUUGACCUUGAUGAUCCAGAUGGAAAGAUGGAAUUGUUGGACACAGAUAGACUUCUUGGCCAUGACCACCCAAAGUCUGACAACUGCCUUAGUGCCAAGGACGAUGACUCUGGCCGCGACAGUUGUUACGAACCAGAUGUUCCUGAAGAUGGCACUGUAGCUAAACAAAAUGUCAGUGAGUUUAGCAGUCUCCAGCUGGAAGGCAGUGAAAGAAAAGAAGACAUCAAGAGCGAUACUGGAGCUCCUGUAAGUAUUUCAGGUACAGAUGUCGAACAGAGCCAGCAGCCAGAUGGUGAAGCGUGCAAGUGCAGGAAAAUACAACUGGUCACCACAGGCAGUAGCUUCUCAACUGCAACUCGAAGUGAACCACCUCUUCACAGCCAACUCAGUAAUCACAGCUCCUUUGGGAAAAUGGACUUUUAUGCGCAGGUAAGUGACAUCACUCCUACAGGGGGUGUCCUCCUUUCCCCAGGGCAGCAGAACAAGCUGAAGGUGUCCCUGGCCAAAGAAACCUCACUGGAUCCAAAGGCAAAUCAGAAUACCAAACCAUUAGACAGUGCCUACACAUCUGAGGUUGAUGCAAAGCAGUUAUGUGCCAUCAGCUUGAACAACAAACGCCUAUCAGAUGCAGCAGAAGAUCUUAACCUAAGCAAUUAUUUCACUGCAGAAAGCCUUGAAAGUGCCACAGUUGGUACUUGUAAACAAACAGAAAUCACGAGGCAGCCAACAAUACCUGUCCCAGACUAUACCUCAAUACAUAUGGUGGACUCCCAGCAGAGCCUACUGUUGAACCCAAAUGUGCUGCCAAGCAAGAAUCAACCCACCCUAGCUGGAUAUCUGAUGCCUGAACAACUUGGUAACGUCAUCCCCUGACUUCAAAAGGCAUGAAAUGUACACUACAUCAUUGUCAGCCUCUGUCAGUGCUAUCACACAGACCUUGUGUUCAAUGAUUUGUGUAAUAUUCCCCAAAAUUUAGAAGAUGGUACAACUGUUAUGAAAAAUUAUGUUUGAUAAAUUAAGACUAAGAAUUAUUUUGAAAUGUCAGCUAUAUUUGUUAAUGUGAUAUAAAAUCCUGUAUUUUUAUAAAGCAGAAACAAUUUCUAAAGUUAAACCAGUGCCAUGUAAAAGGAGAUGAAUAUGAUUGGAAGAGUGUUAUCUGUCACAAAGACCGAAACACUGUUCCUCAGCAACCCUGAAGUCCUUGGAAAAGUCUGUACUCUCAUAAACUGGUCAUUUAAUUUCCAGAAUCAAUAACUGUGUUGCUUCUUCAAAGCUGUAUCCAAAAGGAAUUGGGAAUGGUCCAAUAUUAGAAAUGCUUGUACUGUGUCAUCACUUGUACUAAAGGGGUAGUGGUAGUCUGUAAUGAGUUGCAAUACUUUUCUUAUCUCACUUGGAAAAGAUUUCAAAAAUACACCAUACUUAGAAGAGUGGCUUUCAACAACAAAAGAAAUCUCAGUGUCAUGAAAUCCUUUAAUGAGUGUAACCAUUUCGAUCUCCUUGAGGGGGAACUGAGCACUUCACAGAAAUUCUCUACAAAAAUGCCCUUCACUCAUUAUUAAACCACAUACUGGAUAGGCAGGUAGAGAGUAUUAAGAUCUUAAAUUACAGUAAAUUGCAGUUUGGCAUCACCUCAGUGUUUUAUCAUAACAUCAAUGCAAUGUAGGAUUUUUAUUGGAAAUGAAAUAAAAAUUGCAGAGCAGAUUCAUUUGCUAACAAAGAAUAUCAUCUCGACCAUUUGUUAAAAUUUCCAUUAUAUAUAAAUCAUCUCUUUACAUGAUGACUCAUCUACCACCAAUGCUGUAUGCUUAGAAAUCCUACCAGACAAGGGAUUCCUUUAAAAACAGGUAACUCCAUUACAAAUUUAGAGACUGGGGAUUCAGUGUUUACAUACAUUAGAAUUGAAGCCAGAUGGGACAGAUGGAAGUUGAUCCCACUGUUCUUUGCUUUGGGGCUGUGUUAGUUUCAAGGGCAAUCAGCAGAGCAGUCCAGGCAGGACAGUGGAGUCAGAGGAGUUUUGCGUUGGCAAGAAACCUCAUUUUUUUAACUGAAAUGAGAAGACAAAUCUUAGAACAUUCAUCUUUGUAAAUUGAGAAUUAUUCUAAAACAAAGGUACUCUCAUUGGCUUUCCUUCCAUUUGUGUUUUAUUUUUGAGAGGGAGAGAGCAUCCUUACAGAUUAAUUCCAUAUGUUACACUUUGAACCGUGGCUCACACUUUGAUAACAUUCACACAAAGAAAACUUAAGUUCAGAGGCAAGUCCAGUGCUAUCAAUGAAUAAGAACCAAAGUUAUUGUGGGGACACAGGAGACAACAACAAUAAAACUCAGCAGGCCUGGCACUGUCUGUGGACAGAGUACCUGUGUUAUUGUUUCAAGUCUGAAGAGUCACUGGACUUGAAACAUCAACUCUGUUUCUCUUUCCAUAGAUGCUGACAAACCUGCUGAGGUUCUCCAUAAAUUUCUUUUUUUGUUUCAGGUCUACAGCAUUCGCAGUUCUUUAUUUUAUUUUAGUAAAUAAAUGAUAAGAGUUUGAUUUUAAAUUUCCCUUUUUUUCAAUUAGUCACUACAGUAGAGGAUGUAUUUGAGUGGGAAAUACUGCAUAGUCAAAUACAUACAAAAUUGAAUCAAAUACUUUCGAAUAUCUUCAGGACCUGAAUUGGAUGUAUAAAUCUGGAACUGUGUGAACAAUAUGAAUUGUUCUGGAUCCUUUUAAUAACAAAGUGAUUGUAACAAGUGCACAUUUGCAAGUAGAUAAUACCAAUGAAAAUUUAAUGGUGAGGAUUUUUUUCUGUGCUCUGUAAACUUUGAGCAGAUUUUAUUCUCUACCAUAUAUCCCAAAGGACUAGCAUUGAUGAAAAAGCUUGUGUAGCCACUGCCUCAUUUUUUGUUUAGAUUCAUCUUACAUAGAUUUUCACACACUUGCUCUUUGUCUUUAGCAUAGCCUUCACGGGAUUUAUCCAAAAAAAUCUCUACAUUUCAUCAAGAUGAAUGGUAGAAAAUGGUGUUACCAUCACUUACAGUAGUGUGGAAACACCCCUUACCAAAAGAUUAACAUACAGAGAAUGUACAGUCCAUGUGGAAGCUUUCAACUUUAGUUGUGCAACUCCGUUAAAUCUCUAGGUAAUCCUUUCUUCUUCACAAUGGAUGAUGCCGUCACCUCACCCUUUUUACAAUAUCGAUGAUAACUCCAUCCACCCAAGCAGUACUACUUUCUUUUCCCCAGAGGAAACAGCAGUAGACCCAGUAACAUCCCACAGUCAAGUGUAACGUGUAGAUAUGUGGGGACAUGGGGAGCAGCUAGCCUUUAUGUAGAUACAGUUAUAGAGUCAUAGUCAUACAGUAUGGAAACAGACCCUCGGUCCAACUAGUCCACGCUGACCAUGUUCCCAAACUAAAAUAGUCCCACUUGCCUGUGUUUGCCCCAAAUCCCUC